UAUAAUGAGGCUUUUACUAUGGCUAAUGACCCCUUGGAAGGUUUCCAUGUCAACCUAGCUUCUCCUACUUCACCAGAUCGUCUUAGUGUAUAUAGAGCCAGCAACAGGAGCAAAGCUACCUCACCGAAGGCGUUAUCUACCGGCCAUUAUCCUCUAUGCGCAACACCUGUUCAGCCCAACACAUUAGAUGUUUCUGACCUUCCUACACAGCCUGUUUAUUCAUCUCCUAGACAUCUAAAUUGUGGAGAAAUAUCAGGCAUUAGCUUCCAUAUUGCAGACUCAGUACCUUGUUCUGCCUCUGGAGUCACAACUGGUUCAACCAAACUGCCAUUCAGAAAGGAUGGCAACAGUGCCGAGAGAGAGUUGCAGGAUGCCACGAUAACAGAUAUUUCUGAUGGCAAUGAUGUUCUGGGAUUGAGUACUGACAGUCUGUCUCGUUUACGGAGCCCAUCUGUUCUAGAAGUGAGGGAAAAGGGCUAUGAAAGAUUAAAAGAAGAACUUGCAAAAGCUCAGAGGGAACUGAAACUAAAAGAUGAAGAAUGUGAGAGGCUUUCAAAAGUCCGAGAUCAGCUGGGACAAGAAUUGGAAGAACUCACAGCUAGUCUGUUUGAGGAAGCUCAUAAAAUGGUGAGAGAAGCUAAUAUCAAGCGCACAGCUGAAAAACAAUUAAAAGAAGCACAGGGAAAGAUUGAUGUACUUCAAGCAGGAAGUUGCUGCCUUAAGACACUUGUGUUGUCCACUUCACCAACAUCACCAAUUCAAGGAGCUUCCGCCAAGUGGAAAGGCUCCUUUAAUAAGGGACAUGCACGAAAUAAAAGUACAAGCAGUGCUAUGGGUAGCAGCCAUCAGGACCUCAGUGUGAUGCAGCCAUUGUAAAAGACGCAAAGAGAGGCUGACUUAUCUCUGUAUAAUGAGUUCAGAUCUUGGAAGGAUGACCCACAAUGGACAGGGACAUGCCCCUUCUUAGACAAAAUUUAUCAGGAAGAUAUAUUUCCAUGCUUAACCUUUUCCAAAAGUGAGUUGGCUUCAGCUGUUCUGGAGGCUGUGGAAAACAAUACACUAAGCAUUGAACCAGUGGGACUGCAACCUGUUCGAUUUGUAAAAGCUUCUGCAGUUGAAUGUGGAGGACCAAAGAAAUGCGCUCUCAGCGGUCAGAGCAAGUCAUGCAAACACAGAAUUAAAUUAGGAGACUCAAGCAACUACUACUACAUUUCUCCUUUUUGCAGAUACAGGAUCACAUCAGUGUGUAACUUUUUUACUUAUAUUCGAUAUAUCCAGCAAGGACUUGUGAACAGCAGGAUGGUGAUUGAUCAGAUGUUUUGGGAAGUUAUGCAGCUGAGAAAAGAGAUGUCAUUGGCAAAACUGGGAUAUUUCAAGGAGGAACUUUAAUUCCCCACACUGAAUAUGCACGAACUUCACUGAAUAACUCAAAUGGCUGAAUUUUUUUAUGGUCACUUGAUAUUUAUUUCCAAGGAGUUGGGUCCAAGAUCUUUUAUCCUCUUUUGCAAAAUUCACUAAGGAGGACCGUGAUUUGUUUCAAACUGACACAUGCUGUGUGUGCUUACAUAAACUUUAGUUGAACAGACUAAGAAAAAGACUUGCAGGUGUACUUGUGAUUGUAAUUUAUAGUUGCAAAAAAAAAAUCUAAAUAAAUGUUAGAUUUGAAGAUGCGUGAUUGCUUUCUCUUCUAGUUCUACUGUGCCACAUGAGGGGUCCAAACUUGAGAAUUUCACAUCUCUGAUACUUGCAGUAAUUAUUUGUUUGAAGCACUGGUUAUUUGCUGUAUAAUGAAUUAACACUGUAUAUUAAUAGUGAUUUUCUCUGAGCCAAUUUCACAGACUAACUAGCUUUGAAUUUUACAGAUUGGUCAAUAAAAGUAUGCUUCAUUACUCUGGAAAAUGCAAGAGAAAUGUCACAUAUGGACCCAGACUUUACAGAGUUUGGGGUUUAGAUAGGAAGUCAGUCCUAUAAACACAAAACAGAGAACAUGAGACACUAGAUGGUCCCUCAGUGCUCAUAAUAAGUGUAGAGCUGAGAGAGGUGAAUAGGAAUUGUCCUACAUGGGGAUUCCAUCAUGGAAAAGGCAAGACCGAGGCAGGAUCGAAUAGCCAGAGAAGAGGAGUAAAUGAAUAAAGGCAGGAAUUAGGAUGGGGCUUAACGAGAAAAGUGGUUUGACCCAUGCCAAGGGGACUUUUGAAUGGAAUAGCAAAAAAAAAAAAAAAUUAAAUUUUUUUUAAAGGUUGAGUGGGGGUAGAUUAUUGAAGGCUUUAAAUGUGGGGCAGUAGCAUUUUGACUUGAUGUGGGAGAAAGGAGGCACCAGUUGAAAAUCUUUCCCCCCUGGGCAAUGGGGGUUAAGUGACUUGCCCAGGGUCACACAGGCUAGUGUCAAGUGUCUGAGACAGGAUUUGAACUCAGGUCCUCCUGAAUCCAA